CGUGACUGUCCGUAGAUAGCUUAAAGUUGUGUAAGUGGCGCUGUUCGUAGAAUCCCAAGCAGCUUAUGUUGUGAAAAAUAAUUACAAACAACGGUGUUUCUCUCAAGAAAACUCUGUGUUAAAAAGUGAUGAUUAUGUGUGAAUUAUACGGUAAUCCAUCCUUUAAUAACGGUGCGAAUCUUCUAAUAAAAUGAGACACUUUUAUAUCUGAUUGCAACCCAAGUUGGUUGUCUACGUAUAGGUAUCGUCAAUUCCAAGUAUUGGGUGUUUUAAGAAUGGUGCAUCAUUGAACAACAAGAGAUUUCUUCAUUAAAUAAACAUGGCAUUUAGCAAAGAGUACAUUAGGUCUAUUAUUGUACUUAUAACAUUUGUGUCAACUGCAGGACAAAAAUGUAUGAGCAGCUUACUUACAGAUGGAUAUACUAUGCCACAGGGAGAUAUAACACUUCGUUAUGGAGAAGCUUUAAAUAUUACUUGUAAUUUGUGCAAAGAGGCCGUUGAUAAGUAUGGUUUAAAUGCGAGUUCUCGACUAUAUUUCACUAGAGACAAUAAGUCUAUUCCACCUGAAAUGGUCAAAAUCAUAAAUUCUACUAGUAUUAACUUAUACAUUGCAGAACAUCCAAAAACAAAAGAAGCUAACUAUUAUUGUUACUUUAAUGCAACUGAAGGCAGUCAAAUGAUAUGUAUGAACGUUGUUUAUGUUGGUGUUGCUCCUCAAAACGUUACAGACUUUUCGUGUAUUAGUAGAAAUUGUGAUAAUUUAACAUGCACUUGGACCUCUCCUGAAAAUUAUGUCAAAACUGAUUAUAAUUUGACUUACAAUGUAAAAUCAAGAUCAUCAAGGAAAAACAAGACAAAACCAAAUUGUGAUCCUAUACCUGAAGACAUUGACUUUUGGUUUUUGUAUAAUUGUCCGAGAAUAUCAACUGAAAAUCGUAAAAACGUCUGUUUUUGGAAUUUAUCAACAUCACCACAAUAUAGAUCAGUACAUGAUUGCUAUUAUUUUGCAAUUGGUAUGAGUAACGACUUUGGUGUGAAUAUGAAUUAUAUUACUUUCGAUCACUUCAAGCAUGUUCUUCCCAAUCCCCCAGAAAAUUUAACAGCUGUGGCUACUUCACCUCAUUCCAUAGAACUUUCAUGGACAAUUCCUAACUCUAUGAUUACAUUUUCACCAGGACUUCAUCAUAGGAUAUUAUACCAAUGGGAAUAUGAAAAACACUGGCACUUAGGAGGCAUUAUAAGAGGCGUCAAGAAUAGAACUUUGUCUUUUGAAUUAAAAAACCUGAAAUAUGCUCAUAUUUUAUAUGAUAUUAGAGUCAGUAUGAGAUCUUCAGUGGCAGAUCAGAACGAUGAAUCUAUGUGGUCAGAAAAUGCAACGAGAACCAUUAGAACAAAAAGUAAAGUGCCUGACUGUCCUCCUAAAACUAAUUUGGGUAGUUUUCAAAUCGUUAUUAAUGAUAACAGUCGUAAUGUUUAUAUUUACUGGCAGCAACUCAAGGCAGAACAAUAUAAUGGUCAAAAUUUGUCUUAUAUAGCAAAAAUCUUAAACCGUCCGUCAAUAAAUAAUGUUGAAUCUGUCAAAGCUUAUGCCAUGUUAGAGAAUUUAACUUUUUCUGAAUAUGUUGUUAAUAUUUGGUCCGUAAACGAGAUGGGGUAUUCUUCAGAAAAGUCUACGGUGAUUAUCCCGGCCAAACCAUUGGAUAAACCAUCCAAUUUUAUAAAAGAGCAUAUCGGAGAUUCAUAUGAACUCAGCUGGCAAUCGCCAAAGGAUCCAGAAUCAGCAGCAAUGGUGACUAAUUAUACAAUAUUUUGGUGCCGUAACGAAAGGGAUAGACCAUACCAGUGUGCGGGAGAUCUGAGUUGGGAUGUAGUAUCCAAGGAUACAAGGAGAUAUACUAGAAGUUUGCCAGUAACAGGCAUUUACCAGUUUGCCAUAUCUGCGAACUCUUGGAACAGUAGUAGUGGAAUGUUUUGGGCCGAAUGUACUAUUAUUCCAAACAAGAGUAAAGGAAAAAUUGAAAAUGUUUGGAUAAAAGACGUCCAUUCUACUUUUAUAGAAAUAGGAUGGAGCUUAGAUUGUUCAAACCGUAUAAACACCAUUCAAGGGUUCGCAAUACAUUAUUGUCCGAUACAAAAACCAACACAAACAAGUUGCAAAAAUGGCACAGAGAAAAACAUUACUAUAAAAGGUGAUGUAAAUCUACAAUCUGGUAAAGUUACUGGACUCACACCACAUACAAGUUAUAGACUUACAGUUAGUUACAUCCUUAAUAACUUCACUUAUAGUCUACCUAGUCAGCCCCUUCUUAAUACCACUAAUGAGGCAGCACCCGCUACCCCACCUCUUCAAGUGGAAGUUAUUGAUGUUACUAAUUCUUCAAUAUCGCUUAAGUGGCAACCACCAUCAAAAAUUAAUGGUUACUUAAAAAAUUAUUAUGUGUAUUAUAAUGAGAAAGUGAAAAAUACUACUACAAACGAGAUAACGCUGAUGAACUUGAUGAGUUUUACAAACUAUACAAUAUCCAUUGAGGCCUGUACAGUAAAGUGCUCUAACCGUUCGAAUCCGCAAAGCGUUAUGACGCAGAUGUGGUUACCUGGUAAUAUGAAACAACCGGCCAUAAAAUUCCAAAAUGAUUCUUACAUAACUGUUAGUUGGGAGAGACCAAAGCUUGCGGGAGGCGAAAUUGAUUAUUAUCAAGUGAAAAUUAGGGAACGACUUGACAUGGAAGAUACUCCACAUAUAAAUGUAACAACAACAAACUACACCUUAGAAGGUUGUGGUUCGGGCAAGUACAAACAUCUCUACAUUUCAGUUCGUGCAGUAAAUAUAAUUAAUGGGGAGCAUAAAGAAGGACCGUGGAGUGAUGACUUGGAGUCUUCAUGUGCUCCAUACAACUCUGUAAAAUAUCUGUUAAUUUGUUCAUUCGUAAUCUUCCUUGGCAUAGGAAUGUUGUGCGUUUUCAAAAGGUUAUACUUGUAUUUUAACGAAGUGAGGAAAUUUGUUCCAAAACUGCCUCCAGGAUUUGAGAUUGAAAAUUGGAAUUCUGAAAAACAAAAUGAUAUUGAAAUUGAACCAAAUCCUCCUGCUGAUGCACAACUUUUACUUCAUAAAAUUAGCGAAACGCGCUUAAGUGGUGAUUCCAGUGGAUGUAGUUCUGGUCAUGAAAGCAUCACUUCAUCUAUAGAAUCUACAGCACACAUUUCUCCAACAGAUUCAGGUACAGAACAGCCUAGGUCGCCUUCAUUAAAUGAAGAAAAUAGAAAAAAUUCUCUUCGUCUGAGGAAUGUGUCUGCCGCGCCUCGUCCACCGAUUAAUAUAGGUUAUGUUACUGCAGAUACGCUCCCUUCGGCAACCUUGGUUCCAAAACUGUCGACACCCGCAGGAAAUUACUGUGUUUUGGGCGUUGAUCCUUCCAACCCGACAAAACCUGAUCCUCCAUAUGUACCGAUAACUGAUUUAAAUACAAAAUUACCGUUCUCGAGUGACCAGCCACCACCAUAUGUAAUGACAGGAGAUUUGGUUAAGGCAUCAAAUCCUGGUUAUGUUCCUCAUCCUGCAACGGAACCCGCAGACAGAAAUAUGGGUUAUGUUGUAGCAGGGCUAACUAAAGAUUUGUUAGCAUCUGAUUUACUUCAGUGUGACACCCCAAAACCUGCUAUUAAUGAAGAAAAGCCUCUCUAUAUAAGGGCCGGCGAAUCUAUUCCUACUUUGAAACCCCAGUUUUCUUGGCAGCAGCCGCCACCUCAGUUAGCUUUGCCUAAAUCGGGUUAUGUUAGUGUUGGUGAUGCACCUCCCCCUAAAUCUUUAACAGAAACCACAAAGGGUUAUGUUCCUCAUAGACAGUUUGAAGGUAAAUCUUUAAAGGAGGAUUGAGGUAUCCACAUUUCGUUGUGGUUUAGUUUUGAUUAUAUCGGACUUAUUUAAAUGAGAUGGACAAAUAUUUGUUUUAUUUUUUAAGCAUUUUAUUUUAUUUGAUUAAUUAAUCAUUUAGUAACGUAAAUGUUAGUUGUCAUAAGUAACCGAUUUCACAAAAUUGCUCAAUUAGGAAAACAGUACACUUAUUUUAAGGUAGGUUCUUCCCAUUAGGAUAUUUAUAAUAAUGAUUGAAGUAAUUGAUAUUGUGCGAAUAUACUAUACAACCAUUAUAACAGAUUCAAAACUUUCAGAAAGAUGUCUGUUUUCUUAGUUGACUUCGUUUUAGAUGUGUGUUUUCUUGUGAAUCAUUUUUUUUUUUACAAAAUUAUGUGCUUCGGUUUAUGUUGUUUUGUAUGUGUUAUAUUAUUGUGUAUAUAUUUUUUUAUUCUUCCUAAUAUUUGUAAAUAUAAUUUUUUAAUGAUUUUAUUGAAUAUGAAGGCAUAAUUAACGUGUGUUGUCUAAAUGUUUGUGCCUUAAAUUAUUUGACUGAGAUUUAAUGAAAAGUAAAUGUGGUUUUGCUAUUUAUAACACACAGUAAACUUGCCAGAAUAAAUAAUUAGAUGCUUUAAUAAUUUGCUAUUUAGUGAUAUUUAAAAUCAAGCACUUUAUUUUUCAUUGCUACUGUUGUGAACAGCUAAAUAUUAAAUAAUAGUAUCAUUAUAUAAAUGUUAUAUUGGCAGCCAGCCUACUGUAAGUUAUUAGUGCCUUUGUUCUAUAAAAAAUUGUAAUUAUGUGUACUCAUUUUUAUUAAAUUCCAAUUUUGUUAAAUCACUUGUGCUUAUGAAGAAGCGCACGGACGGUGCUGCACAUACUUGCAUCGUUCUUGUUAAUUUAUACACUUUAUUGGCAUAAAUUUAUUAAUUGUGUAUACUCAAAGAAAAACUUCCCUUUCCUUUAAAACAUCAAAACCAGAUCUUUAUAAGAUGGUAUGAAAUGCUGGGAAAUGAAUUUCUACUAUGUUUUAUUAAGUUCCUAAUUUGUAUUAAUCAUGUUUACUUGAUAAAGUUAAAAUAAAGAAUAAAUGUUUUUAUAUGGUGUCUGUGAUACACAUUUGUUAUUUUAAAGGUCUGGUUAAUAAAUGCUCGCACUGUAUUGCAUAAAAAACUUUUUCGUGAAGUAUUUAGGUGUAUAGGACUGAAGAUGAUAGAAAGGUAAAAAUAAAAUAUACUACCGACUUUUGUUUAGUACUCUACAUACAUUUUUUAUAAGUAUUUUUGCAUGUUUGUCAAAUUUUAAAUACUUGAGUUUUUGACUUAAGUGUAUGUAUAUAUGUCCAAAUGUCUGUGUUGGUGUGCAUAUGCGUCUGAAUGAAUGAAAUUAAUUUUAAAAAUUCGUAUUUUUCAAUUUUUGCUCUCUAUCUCUUAUGUACGUAAUAUUUUAGAUAAUGAGCAACAGCAAUUAGUCCAAACCACUUAAUAUCAGAAAUGUUGUUUGUAAUUAUCUUGAAAAAAAUUGUAAUUAGUAUUUUAAAACGAAUGUUCUUAGCGCACAAUUACAAGUAAAAUUGUCCGUCAUUUCCUAUGUACGUGACUAUUGUAAAUAAUAAUUUCUAUAGUUUGGUUUA